GUGUGGACGCUACAUAAAGGGUUUCAUUACGCACUUUUCACCGAAAAGGUCACCUGGAACACUGCAGACGCAUUCUGUAAAAUUGCUUUCGGUGGACAGCUGGUGAAAAUUGAAUCCGUCGAGGAGAACAGCUUCAUUAAAUCUCAAUACCUUUCGGGCAAAGUAGAUUAUUGGAUUGGACUGUCCAACUCUGUUGAAGAAGGUGACUGGAAUUGGGUUGAUGGAACUAACUCAACUGGAUACACGAACUGGGGAAAUGGCCAGCCGAAUGAUUCUAAUGGGCAGGAUUGUGCGGGAAUACGUAUGGGAACAUACUCUAAUACGAAUUAUGACGCACAGUGGCACGAUAACUCUUGCUUAAAAACCAAAGGAUUUAUUUGCCGAAAGUAA